ACACACAUAGCAGUGAUGGCGGCCAUCAGUGUAGCUCGAAGCAGUUGUGGACUAAUAAAUGGCUUGAAGGUUUCCUUAAGGAGCGUGGCGCAAGUAAAGUAUGGCGCAAUAUCUGCAACUGUUCCGCAGACGAAUCUGCAGCAGGGACGCCGCUGGUACUCGGUCAGCCACCUGUCCGUUAAAGAGAGGAUUGAGAAGAAGCGAGAGGCGGCGCUGCAGGGGGGAGGUCAGCAGAGGAUAGAGGCACAACAUAAAAGGGGUAAGCUGACAGCCAGGGAGCGAGUGCAACUAUUGCUUGACCCCGAGUCCUUUGUUGAGACGGACAUGUUUGUGGAACACCGGUGCUCCGAUUUUGGCAUGGAGCAGGACAGAAACAAGUUCCCUGGUGACAGCGUUGUGACAGGCCGAGGUAGAAUCAAUGGCAGGCUCGUUUAUGUUUUCAGUCAGGACUUCACAGUGUUUGGUGGAAGUUUAUCUGGAGCUCACGCACAGAAGAUCUGUAAGAUCAUGGACCAGGCCAUGACAGUCGGGGCUCCAGUCAUCGGGCUGAACGACUCUGGAGGAGCUCGGAUCCAGGAAGGAGUGGAAUCUCUGGCUGGAUACGCAGAUAUAUUCCUGAGGAACGUGAUGGCUUCAGGAGUCAUCCCUCAGAUCUCCCUCAUCAUGGGUCCAUGUGCAGGAGGAGCCGUUUACUCCCCUGCUCUGACAGAUUUCACCUUUAUGGUUAAGGACACAUCAUACCUGUUCAUCACAGGGCCCGAUGUUGUCAAGUCUGUCACCAAUGAAGAUGUGACUCAGGAGGAACUUGGUGGAGCCAAAACUCACACCACCGUGUCUGGUGUGGCUCACCGUGCAUUUGAGAAUGACAUCGAGGCUUUGCUCAACCUGCGAGAGUUCUUCAAUUUCCUGCCACUUAGCAAUCAGGAUCCCGCACCCAUCAGAGAGUGCCAUGACCCCAGUGAUCGUCUGGUACCGUCGUUGGACACCAUUGUACCAUUUGAGUCAACUAAAGCCUACGACAUGUUGGACAUAAUUCAAGCAAUAGUAGAUGAGAGGGACUUCUUCGAGAUCAUGCCCAACUAUGCCAAAAACAUUGUGGUGGGAUUUGCCCGUAUGAAUGGACGCACUGUGGGCAUUGUGGGUAAUCAGCCCAAAGUGGCUUCUGGUUGUUUAGACAUCAACUCCUCAGUGAAGGGAGCUCGAUUUGUUCGCUUCUGUGAUGCUUUCAACAUUCCCAUCAUCACCUUUGUGGAUGUUCCAGGUUUCCUGCCAGGCACAGCUCAGGAGUAUGGAGGCAUCAUCAGGCAUGGAGCAAAACUGCUUUUUGCUUUCGCCGAGGCCACUGUCCCCAAAAUAACGGUCAUUACCAGAAAGGCUUAUGGAGGAGCCUAUGAUGUGAUGAGCUCCAAACACUUGAGAGGAGAUGUGAACUACGCCUGGCCUACAGCUGAGGUCGCUGUCAUGGGUGCCAAGGGUGCCGUUCAAAUUAUCUUCAGAGGAAAGGAGAACCAGGCUGAAGCAGAGGCUGAAUAUGUGGAGAAGUUUGCUAACCCUUUCCCAGCUGCUGUCAGAGGUUUUGUGGAUGACAUCAUCAAGCCAGCAACAACUCGCAAGAAGAUCUGCCAAGAUUUAGCGGUGCUAGCCAGCAAGAAGCAGGUUAACCCCUGGAAGAAGCACGCCAACAUUCCUCUGUGAAAAGCUUCUCCACAUUAAAACUAUCGAAAGGCACUUGUAUUGAUUCUACAUUUCAAAUGAAAUGGGGCUUUUUGCAGACAGCAGGUUAACAAACUCAGUUUUCCCUGCUUUCUCUCAGUCCCCUGCAGUGGUACCUCAUGACUUUGGGAGCCUGUCUGGUAGAUGCUAGUUUUACCACUCCACUGAAAGCAGAAAGUAAAGAUCACUCCUGAUUUCUAUUAACUGUCAUUUUUUUUGUAUUUGGAGGAACUACCAGUACCCCCUCAACAAAUUCAGGCUGUGUAUCUUUACUUCUUUAUCACUGAUAUGCAAGAUGUUUAUAUGAAUCCCUAAAAAAAAAACUGAAAUAAAUGACCCCAGUGUCACACAGUGGCCACAUUGGCGACUACUGUUGAUAUGACUGUAUUUGAAAGGGCAGAGUUUUUAGUUUUAGCAGAAAUUGUGAACAUACCCAAGUCUGUUAUGUGCAAUGUUUUCAGAGUUGUUCAUAUACUUCCGUUUUUUAACACUUGCAGCAUUUGAUGUCCUCCAUCAAGUGCUGCAAGUGCCUUUAGGUCAAGAAAAGUCCUUCUUACCACCAGGAACUGUGCCUUUUUUUUUUCUGUGGCAGGCCCUGUGCUGUCAUCUGUAAAAUAAAUCAUGGCCUCAGUA